AUGGCGACGACGACAGUGACCGGCCAUGGACGACGCUCCUCCAUGCGCCAGGCUGAGUUGCAGAUUCCAACCAAGACCUCAGUCCCCCAAUCAACGAACAGCCCGAUAGAUAAGUUCCCACCCUACGAAGACACGCUCGACACUGUCAUGGGGUCAACCCGUGCAAGCCGAAGCGGUUCAGUGAAGUAUGCUCCGAGCGGCCUUUGGGAACCCCGAAAAGCAAGCUUCUACUCCCGAGACUACGGGAACGGAUCGGCACGAAACCCGAAACACCGCCCACGGAAGAGCAUUAGCGAAGCUAUCACGACAAUCAGGACGCGCAAUGGCAGUGUGACGGCAAAUGCCCAUGAAUUGGCACAAGCACUUCGCGCCCCAGUCUCGUACCGACUGAUUGCCCUGUGUGUCGUUUGGUACCUGACCUCUGCCCUCACAAACACAUCCUCGAAGUCGAUCCUGAAUGCCUUUCCGAUGCCAAUUACGCUGACAAUGAUUCAAUUUGCAUUUGUAUCUUUCUGGUGCUUGCUCUUGGUGUAUGUUUCCAACUGGAUACCUCAGUUGCGACAAAGUGUCCCCAUACUUCAACAUGGAAUUCGCUACCCUUCUCGCGAUCUGAUCGCUACGGCCUUGCCUCUUGCUGUGUUUCAAUUAGCUGGUCACAUUCUCAGCUCCAUGGCGACUGCACAAAUUCCCGUAUCUUUGGUCCACACCAUCAAGGGGCUUUCGCCGCUCUUCACGGUUCUAGCAUACCGAGUCUUGUUUCGCAUUCAAUAUGCUCGGGCAACCUAUCUAUCAUUGAUCCCCCUAACAGUCGGUGUGAUGCUUGCAUGCUCGACUGGGGUGUCUACAAACUUCUUCGGUAUAUUCUGCGCAUUUGGCGCAGCUAUUGUGUUUGUUUCACAGAACAUUUUCUCGAAGAAGUUGUUCAACGAGGUAGAUCGCGCAGAAUCCGACUUGCAAAACCUGGGGAGGAGAAAGUUGGACAAACUCAACCUUCUUUGCUACUGUUCUGGGUUGGCCUUCUUCCUCAAUCUGCCCAUCUGGUUUGUCACUGAGGGCUAUCCGCUAGUGUCUGAUUUCGUACAUGACGGUGCGAUAUCGCUGUCGGGUAAGAAAGGGUCAUUGGAUCACGGCCCUCUCUUUCUCGAAUUUGUAUUCAAUGGCGUUUCACAUUUUGCCCAGAAUAUUCUGGCCUUCGUGUUGCUGUCGAUGAUCUCUCCGGUAUCAUAUUCAGUUGCAUCCUUGGUCAAGCGCGUGUUUGUGAUUGUGGUGGCCAUUGUAUGGUUUGGAAGCUCGACCACUUCGGUUCAAGCGUUUGGUAUUGGCCUUACCUUUGUCGGGCUUUAUCUUUACGACCGCAACAGCCAUGACGAUGUUGCCGACCAAAGAGCAAACACGGAUCACUUCCGCGCCCAGAAGUCCAUCCUGCCCCUGAAUGUACGACACUCAAGCAGGCCAUGGGAUUCCAACGGCUAUGCCUUCCCUGGAGGAAGGGGGGUCUUUGAGGGAGGCCCUAAUACCUUCCAUACUGCAGCUAACAGUUCCAAGAAAGAAGACGACCGGCCUGGGCAUAUUCGACCGAGAGGGGCCAGUGUUUCUCGCACCUGGUUACCAGGGACCAAACAGGAAUCGACCUGGCAAGUUAGCGAUUCUCAGGCUGCAGCUUAG